UUCAUUUAAAAUUUAAACAUUUAAAUAAUUAAUUUUUAAAUUGUUAUUUUCUUAGAAUCAUUGUAAUGCAUUUAAAAACUAUACUAAUCUUUUGUUCAGUAUGUUUUUUUACCGAUACAAUGAGUUACGGACUUAAUGCAAUCCAAAUACAAUGCUUGCAAGUAUUGGUAAAAAAGUAUAAUGAUAAAGAUAAAGUAAAUAAAGUGAUAAAAGCUUUUAAUGUCAAGGAAGAAUACGAUUAUAACACUGAAGAUAAUGAAUAUAAAAGAGUUUACAAGAUUCUAUACUUUAUGCAUAAAUAUGAUAAAGUAGGUGAUAGUAUAACUCUACCUGGUGAUCAAAAAGAAAUAAUAAAACUGGAUAAAAAUGAGUUAGAAAGAGUGUUCGGUCAUUUUCGUGAACUUGGCUUAGAAGACAUUGGUUUUAUAGACUAUGAGAAUUACUAUAAUUUGAUUAAUUCAAUUGACUACAGUGAUCUUCUACGAAAUGAUGAUUUACUGAAUGAUUGGAAGAGUAUUAUUCGGGAAGAACAUAAAUACGAUUUAGGCGAUGUAAUGAUAAAAUUAUUAGAGUUCCAGUCACAAUUUUUUAAUCUAAGAUUUGGUAAAGUAAAAUAUCUGAAAACGAUCCAAGAAUUUAUUGAAUAUAUCUUACGUGGUGGCACUCCUGAUCAAAAAAUACCUAUAUUACAAUUACUAUUAAAUGUUAAAUUGUAAUUGCUAUGUCUAAUCAUUUAUUGUAUUUCAUUAAUAUUUUUAUUGCUUUAAAGUAAUUUAGAUCUCGUUCUUUACUUUAUUGUUGAAUCUAUGCUAUUUUUAUUUCACUUGCUCCAAACCUUUUUUUAAUUAUUCUAGUAUUAAUAGUAUUUCAUUUGUUUUUUAGUACAUGUUUAGAAAAACCCACUAACAUUGUUUUUUGAACGGUGUAUCAGUUAAAUUUUAUUAUAUGUCAAGUUCAUAUUGGCGUCUACUUUAUUGCAUAUUGUUAUAAAUAUUUAACACACUUAUAAAAAAGUUUAAUCAUAAUUUUGUUCUUAAAACAGCAUUUAAAAGGAAAAUUUCAUAUUAAUAGUUUAAAACAAUCUACUAAACAGUUUGGACUCAUAACCUUUUAUCCACCCACGGUCCAUUUUUAACUUGGAGAUAUAUUUUUACUAUUUAUUGUCAUGCUAGUCGAUUGGACGUAGUUUUUGAAGUUUGUAUAUUGUGUUACCUAUUUAAAAAUAAUAGGUAUUACAUUUUUUUGUAAUUCACAAUUUAUAUGUCAUAUAUUCAAAGUGUAACUUUAAAUGCUAAAAUAAAAUUCUAAAAAAUUCUAAUAGUUCAUUAUUUAUUCAAAUAUCAAAUUAUGAUAUUGUUAAUCAAUAUCUAGUUAAAUAUUUCGAAAAAUGAAAAAAUCUAAAUAAAAAUUGAUUAUAAUUGGAACAAUCCAUUGUUAAAAUCAUGUAAAACCAAAAAUCACUUUCUUAGAAAUAAUUUAUAAAGUGACAUAUUGUUAAAAUUUUGGAACAUUAUAUACUUAUAGUAGACUACACACAUAGUGUCAAGAAAUUAAUAAAUAAUAAAGAAAAAG